AUAAACCGCCUUUUCGCCUUCUUCUGAUAUUUAAAACUCCGAAACGCCAUUUCCCAAGCUCCGAAUCCAAGCCCCUCAACACAAGCACCUCUGCAAAGUUCUACAGACAAGGACAUGGCUGGAAAAGGCGGGAAAGGACUUUUGGCGGGAAAAACCACAGCAGCCAAUAAGGAGAAGGACAAGAAAAAACCGGUUUCCCGGUCAUCUCGAGCUGGAAUCCAGUUUCCGGUGGGCCGGAUUCACAGGCAGCUGAAAUCAAGGAUAUCUGCACAUGGGCGUGUUGGGGCAACUGCAGCAGUCUACACUGCAUCAAUCCUGGAGUAUCUGACAGCAGAGGUGCUGGAGCUGGCUGGGAAUGCAAGCAAAGACUUGAAGGUGAAGAGGAUCACUCCAAGGCAUCUGCAGCUGGCCAUCAGAGGAGAUGAGGAGCUGGACACCCUGAUCAAAGGCACCAUUGCUGGAGGUGGUGUCAUCCCCCACAUUCACAAGUCUCUCAUUAACAAGUCCAAGGAUUGAGUUGUCUUUCCUCUCACUGAUGGGCCAUGGUGUUCAGUGUUGAUUCUGUGAUUGUUUGUGUUGAUGGGGUUUAGUCAGAUGCAGACUUGGGACAUGCCUAGUCUUUGUUUAAGUGAAUUCUACUAGGGUUAGCACAUAAGUACUUCCAUUAGGGUUUAUGUAGGGUUUUUCUUUCUACCUUUAGCUGUCUUUCCUAACUGGUAGGUUGUGUUUAAAAGUAGUGGUUAUUUAUGUAGUUAUACUUUGAUUUCCUUGUUAACUCAUUUCUGUGCACUUUAAUUUGAUUGUCUUUUUAA